AUGAACCAUCUCAUUCAUGGGACGUACCAGGCCACGGUGCACCAAUCGGCCAAGUACAAUCUGUGUCAGUGGGGUGUGAAGCUGUACCAGCUACAGAAAUGGUUGAGGCAACUUUGGACGCUUGUAUCACGCCUAGACCGGGUAGUGAGCGAGCUAUGUCAGGUACGGUGGAAGCUUCUUAAGGACGUGCCUGCAUUGCAGAUAGCAAAGGGCACGACCCCUUGGGAGGCUGGGAUGACUUUUCAUUCUUGGAGGGCGCAGAUGCGGACGAUAUGCCGUGGGGUGUCACAGGAUUUUGGCACGUUUGCGGAUGGAUGUUGGGAGAGGGCACAGGUCCUUUACGAUGAGCAGCUGGCAUCACGGGUGAAGGCAAAGGCGCCAAGUGUUAAGAGUUGUGAUAUCGAAUGGGAUGGACGCUUGACCAACAUGCUUCUACGCACAAUUCCAGAGGAGCUGAAGCAGCCUGUCAUUGAGGAAGCUGGUGGCUAUAGCAUCACUGCUGUAGCGCUGUGUUUGGCAGUCUUGACUAGGCUGCAGCCCGGAGGAUCUGAAGAGAUAACGAGCCUUCAGAAGUUCUUGAGGUACCCCACUAUCGCAAACAACUUUCAGGAGAUGGCUAAGGAACAUGGAGCGACGAAAUGGGUCGUUGCAAAUGUGUUGGAGAUGUUAGAGAGGGAGUGCAUGGAUCUUGCAGCCGACGAGCAAAUGAAAGGUAGCAGUGCAGUUGAUUCCAUGGUUGCAACAGCUACAGCUGACCCAACCAAACGGAGGAAGUGCUGGUUCUUUAACACAGCUGAGGGAUGUAAAAAGGGAAAAGAUUGCGAGUAUGCGCAUGAGAAAGGAGGUAAGGGUAAGGAUGAGCCGAAGGGUUCAGGAAAGGGAAAGGAUAAAGGAAAGGAGAAGGGAGGGAAAGGCAAGGUCAAUCAGGCCGAGUCGACUUUGUCACCUGCCCCGAAGUCCAAUCCCAAUCCGAAGGGCGCACCAAAGGCAGAGGCGAAAGCUGAUACCAAGGCUGAGGCUAAGAGUAAGGCUGCUGCUAACAAGCUUUUGGGUGUGGAUGAGAACAAGCCUUCAGCGAACAUGACUCGUACCAAUCAUCAUUGCGAUGCAUGGCGACCGACUGUGGCCAAGGUUUGCAGACCUCUGGAUCCGGGUAUGAACUUCGGCGAUCGCAACAAGUAUCUUCCAUUGGAUGUCACGCUAGCAUCAGGAAAGGUCACGACAGGCUUCCGCUCGGCUAAGGAUGGCGAAAUCUUUAUGCCGAUGGAGGGUCAUGAUUGGAUCGCAGGGCUCUCCAAACUUGUUGGCGCUGGGUUCAAGUUCGUGUGGGAUCGGAGUGGUCCCAAGCUGAUUUCUGAAGACACUGGGAUCGUCACCGAUGCGGUUCUGCGUAAUGGGCUUCCGUAUGUGAAGUGGAGCGAUUUUAAAAGGGCUAGAUCUAACGUAUCUCGUAUCUACAAGAAGGCGCCUGACUUCAUGUGUGAUCUGUCAUUCAAUGCCCACGUUCAGGAGGAGCCACCUACCAUCUUAAAGGCUGGAGAACACAUGGCUUUUGAGAUUGAGGGAAGCGUAGAAUCAACAGUCGCAGCACCAGCAGAGUUGGAUCGGAAGCAGCUUCAGGAGGAGCGAGCGAAGCAAAUGGCAGCAAAGAGCGAUAUCACAGCAAGAGACAUUCUUGGCAUUCUGGAGGGGACUGAUUUGCGCAGACGCAAUCGGCGUAGGAGUUCAGAGGGAUCUGGGGAUGAGAAGGUGUCAGUGUGGACGUUUGGCAAGUAUCAGCAUGGACCACAUGGAGGGAUCACAGAUCUGACAUGUCAGAGGCCAGAGUUGACACGAUUGCUCACCCAGUUCGUGAGGCAACAGCAUCCAGAACAUCGUUUCACGACCAUUACUGUUACGGAGGAUGUUGCCUUUAGGCCCCACCGUGAUAAAUUCAAUGCUAAGGGUUCUGUCAAUCUUGCCAUUGGUCUGACCAAGCAUGCCGGGUUUGAGAUUUGGGUUCAUGAUGCUUCGCUCAAAGAUGAUCCUAAAGCAGUGUGGCGCGUAGCUUUUCCUGGUAAGCCAUCGGCUCCCGGGAGCUUGUUGAGGACUAGUGGAACGAGUUGCACUUUCAAUCCCCAUGACUUGCAUGGCACCGAGCCUUUCACCGGACACCCGGUCAUGCUCUUGGCUUACACACCUCGUAUCCCAGAUGAGGCGACUCCUGAUGUGAUUUCAUGUCUGCAAUCUCUGGGCUUCACACACUGGGGCACUGAAGUGAAGCAGCGAUGUGGAGAGGAUGAGGCGAUGAAUCCGCAAGCAUCCGCAGUUGAGGCAAGCAUCGGCAGCGAGUCAAACAUCACUGAAAGCACGGACAUCCACAGCCAAGCCCCCAGGGUCAGGUUAAGGGAUGAGUCGUUGAGGAGUGUGGAAGUCAAGCCCAUCAUCGUUGAGCCACGGUUGGAUAAGGUUCCAUUACCCGAGGUUAAGAGAGAUUCCAAGGAGGUGAUUGAGCUUGAUGACGAUGAUGGGGUUGAGCCGUGGGAUGAGGAUGAGUUGAACGAGUUCUUAGGGAUCAUAGGUUCAGGGCUUGAUGACAAAGUUCCAAUGGAAGCGCCCGCGGCACCCUCGGCAUCUGCAGAUUCAAAGCCUGCCUCAUCGAGUGGUGAGCUGGGACCUUUCGCAUCAGAAGCGGAGCUGAGUCUGCUCAAACAAAUGCUGAAGAAGUGUCAGAAGGGCCAUUUCGGCGACUUCGCCCAGAUGAAGUGGCCAAAGGGGGAAAGUCUGCCUUAUGUGGAGCUUCUGGCGAAUCGAAAGCACACUGGAAUCUUGAAGGCCACGAUGAGGAUCAUGGCCAGAAUUACGUCUAUGGCCGGUGGCAAACCAAGUGUCUUCCGCAUACACAGUGACAAUGCUCUUGAAUUCUGGGCGGACAAAUUCAUUGAUUCUCUUGAGCGUGCUAAGGUUCUUGGCAUCAAAGUUCCGGACGGGACGCCAAGACCUGGGGACUGGGUACUUGUCAAGCGCCAGCAGCCUGAAGCUUUCGGUGAUAGAACGGUGUCAGCGGUGUAUUUGGGACAUGAUGAUUCGACGGUUAGAGGGGCUUGGGUUUUGCAGCGGCAGCAGCAGCAGGAUAAUACCAUAAUCACGCGAGCUAGACUUCCUAUGCUGGACAACAAGAAGCGGACACGCUGGAAGCGAACAUUCACACCGGGUGGGGAAUCCAUUUGGACAUCAACGAUUGGGGAUGUUGCAUUCGCGGGCAUGCCCCCUGAAGAUAGGGAUGGUGACGUGAACAUCUUGACACUGGAAGAAAGGUUGGAUGGACCGGUGGAUUCCGAGGCUAACCUUCAACGCGCAUUGCUCAUGCGAAGCCUCUAUGUUGGCAGUCAGAGUGACAUGUCUGAGGACGAUCAGGUCGGGGAGUUCGUUCGCUUUGCGCAUGGGUUUUUGUCAGCUAUCCCGGAUGAAGAAGAUGGAGUUCCAGCUGCAUCAGCUCCACCUGUGGACGCAGAGACUGUGGAUGCGGGUGUGGCUGCGGCUGAGGGCGAUGCCGUGUGCACUAAGGUUGCCGCUGCUCCUACCAUUGAGGCGGCGCAGUCCACUCCGGAGUAUGGGGGGAACACUGUAAAUUGGCAGAAAUACCAUCUAUUGUCUUAUGAAGAAGAACAGCUUGCAAAUCAGGUUGAAGCGAGUCUUCUUGAGGCGAGUGUGGCACCUGUUCAAGCGGAGACGGUCGACCUAAAGGGGUUCUUUCAAGGAGAUCGGCAACAGCAGUGGCGUGAGUCAUUGAUUGCCGAGUAUGCGAAGAUGGAUGGUGUUCUUCGUGAGGUCCCAAGGGCAGGACUGCGGAAGCACUUGAACAUCUCCCCUGAGGCCAAGCUGCCCAGGGAGAUUCCUUCAAAAGUUGUGCCCACAAUGAAACCUUCUGACGACCCGAGGGCGAAUGCAGAUGGGUUCAUGGAGAAAAGCCGUAUCUGUGCAUGUGGGAACUUCGAAGAGGGCACCGAUAACAACGGGGAGCCGUGGUCGUCAUCAAACAUACCACCUGAAAUUGUACGAUGCUUUGUAUCCCUAGCCGCGAAGGUUGAGGAUUGGACAUUGGGCGGUCUCGACGUCGAGGCGGCCUUUCUCAACGCGGAGAUUUCCGGGGACCCCGUGAUAAUUACUCCGCCGAAGAUAAUGAGAGACCUAGGAAUUAUUGCAGAAAACACUGUGCGGGUGGCGGAACGCAAUAUCUACAGACUUCGACGUGGACCGACAGAAUGGGAGCGAGAACGCGACCACAAGCUCAACCAUGCGGAACUGCCUCCGGGUGAUGGAGACAAACUUGGAGCACUGCAUUUGGUCCCUUUGAAUCUGGCAGCAGGAUUGUGGAAGAUCGUUGACGGCGCGGGCGUGACCAGAGGGGCAUGCUGUGCGCACGUUGACGACGGACUCAUUGUGGGCGGCAUUGACAUGAUCAGACGGGUCACGGCCUUCAUUCAGAGUUUGUGGGCUAUAAAGGGGCACUGCAUUCUUGAGAAGCCGGGGGUAGGCCUAAGCAAGGACCUGGUUGUGAGUGAAAGCCUGACUUUGAAGCUUGUUCAGUGCAUGCGAUUCCUCGGUGCAGAGAUUUCUGUGGCGAGCGAUGGAUUGCGUAUUGGACAGGCGAAAUAUGUAGCUCAAGAACUUCGCGCUCGAGGGUGGCUCGCGCUCAAAGGCGCAGAAUCUUUGCCGGUACCAUCAGAGGGUCUUCAAGGGUCUGAUAUCCGCGACAAUGCGUUCGAAAACAACAUGAAGCUGGCUCAGAAGGAGGCUGGUACCUUGACGUGGAUUGCACUUCGGUCUAGACCGGACAUUGCUGCUUGCUUAGGUGUUGCUUCAACUCUGAUUACAUCGAGGCCUUCCGAAAGCCUCCGUUUGUGCAAGGGGAUUUGGCGAUACUUGAGAAGCACCUGGAAUAAGACUUUGCACUAUCGCUACGGUGGUGGUCCUGUGAGUCCCGGGGGCAGUGAUGCAGAUGCGGAGUGGACUUUCCGCAUCGUCUCAGAUGCGUCCUUGGCGCCUGGUGGCGCACGGUCACGAAGCGGAAUCGCUCUGUUCUUAGGUGAUCAUCUGGUGUACUGGAGAUCGCAGCGGCAGUCAAUUGUGGCUUGGUCAGCGACUGAGUCCGAGAUCGAGGCUACCGCAGCAGCGAUUCAGGAAGGAAUCAAGAUACACGCAGUGCUUGAGGAGUUGCUUGCAUGUAAGAUUCACAUCAUUGCCAACGGCGACAAUGCUGGGGCGAUUCACUUGAUCACUCGGGAGCGCUUUCACGAACAGACUAUGCGCAAGACAUUUCGCGAUUCGUUGUGCAUACAUCAGGGAUUUGGUGUGGCUGCACAGCAUUGA